CCAGCUAGUGGGGAGAAAAAUAAUGUGGUGGUUGGUUAUUUUGCCCGUGAUUGUCUGGCUGGAGGUAAACAAACAUGGAGCUGCUGAGGGAGGCCAAGAGUGUCGUCGACUUCGCUACUUAUUAUCCACUUCUGAACAAAGCAACAGUUGACAAUGAUGCACCAAUACCAGGAUACCUUUUUGAAGAGAUCAUCAAAUUGAGCCAUCAUUCUUCUGGUCAUCGGCAGCUUCUCGUUGAUUUUCUCCUGACUCGACUACAAAGUUCAUCAUGGCCUGGAAAGCAAAAGGUAAUACGCAUAUUACAGCACACAUGUUCUCGUGGACACCGAGGAGUGCGAGUCUACCUGCGGGGUAAGGAUGGAGAGAUUCGGAAAGCUGCGGCAUCAGGUGGUCCUCCAGACCCCGUGCUGGCCAACACACCACAACUCUUUCUUAGUUCAGCAAUACAGGAGCUGCUGGCACUGCUCUUUGACCCCAGAACUAUGAAGGAUGAUGAACUAUGGAUGGCAGGAAAAGAAAACAGUGAAGGCAGCAAUAGUAGCAGUCAAGAAUCAUCGUGUACGCGAGGCUAUGGCUCAUAUGGCACAAAAGGAAAAUACCAAGGCUUUGGUAGCUCACCAGUCAGUCAAGGUGAAAAUUUGGUGACACAGGUACGUGGCAUUGUCGAACGUGUGAUGUCUCCCUCUGGGGAUGCCAAGAGGUUUGGAAUGGAUUUUCUUCAGGGUGAAAAGGGGGACUACCAGCCCCUCUCUUUGCCAUCCCUUGGUUCAUCAUUAUCCUGCCCUUCACAGCUCGCUCAGCAGCCUCAUAUACCAGUUCUUUCCACUUCACAUUCUACUAGAUAUAAAGCACACAGGACAGGUCGACCAGGAGGAGGAUGGGAAAGCGACGAAGAAACCCAGGAAGCCUCUUCUCUAAAUUCUGAAACUGACCUUUCUCUUGGACUAGCAGACCAGCAGCAAGGUGAAGAGCAAAUACCAGGAAUAGUUGAGGAAGAAUUUCUCAGCAAUAUUUUUGAUGCAAAAAUGUCAUGGCCUGUGGAUCAUGAUAGGCUCGUGGAGCUUUGUCAGAAAUGUGCAGCAUUGGAUCUUGCAGUAUUAUUAGAGAAGAUUAAUGGGAAAAUUGUAUUUCUGAAUGAUAGUACUACCCAAUUAGAAGGUUCUGAAGUUAGUCAUUCUGGUGCAUCCCAGAUGAUUAGUAACACCGAAAACAAACUUGAAACGGGCAUUUCUUCAAAGGAAGUCUUGACUAACAAUGCUGUAUUACCCUCAGAUACAGUGAGUGUUGCAACAACAAGGAUGCUCAUACUUCUUCUCCUUGUGGAAUUUGGCAUUCAUUAUGAUGUAUUCUCUCCAAAUUUAGUAAAUUCUGCUUUAGGGAAAACUUUUCAAAGGCUUACUGAAAAUCUAAGUUUGAAACAAAUGGUUCGAACAAAGGCAAAGAAGCUGUCACUGAUUUCUUGUAAAUUUAUGUGAAUAAAUUUAGAGAACACAUUAUUACUGCUUUACCCAUGGCUGGACAGAUGACUGAUGGACACUUGGGUGACAGACAUUUGACCUAAGGACAAUUGGCCAAAGGGACAUUUCACCGAACAGAUUAUUAGGUUAGGUUAGGGUUAUUUUAUGGUCUUUUUAAUGUUAAAAAAAUUAUUGAUUUUUCUCAUCUUUCUGAGCUUGUUUUGCUGUUGGAAGUAGUAAUCAAGAAGGUAGUAAUACAAAAUCUUCAUAAAAAGAGGACAGAACACUACAGGUUUGGUAUUUCUCAGAGUACAAUAAUAAUAUAGAGAUCAUAUUACUACAAUAGCCAAAGGAAUUGCCAUUUUCAUAAUGAAUAAAUCAGACUUUGAAGAAUGAGACACUUCUGCAACAUUUUUGAAUCUUUAUUAAGGAAAGAUUGAUGAACUGAACACAUUGAUUCCAGGGACUGAUUACCUCAAACUCCUCUAUUUCCACCGUUCUUCUUUGUAUUAGACUGAUGAAGCCACUAUGUGGCAAAACGUUUCCUCAAUAAAGGUUCCAAAAUGUUGGACAAGUGUCUUAUUCUUUAACUUAUCAGUUUCUAAACCACUUAUCACAAAUCAUAUUUUAAUGAUAAAACCUCAUUGAGCACAUGAGGUCGCUCUCCCACACCUUCCUGAAUGCCACCUCUCCCUUUACCAUAAGUUUACUUAGCAGUAUUUAGUGUUAAGCGAACUUUUCAGUGUUUGUAAUUACCUCUAGAUUUAGCUGAAUCUAAUGAUACUAGACUUUUAUUUAUUUAACGAAUUAUUUUAUCAUUUAAUAUCAGUAAUACAUAUGAAUAUUUCCAGUGUAUUCUUAUUUUCCCAUUAAAGCUCUCACUGUUUUUAACA